GAGCUAAUUCCUCCGCCCGCCUUUAAAUACAACGAAGUAAAAAGACAGCGCGGAAGAAGGCGUGUACAGUGGCCUCUCUGGCUCGGCGAAUUAUAACCCAGUUUUCUAGUUGUUGCCCGUAAAACAGCAACCGUGCCACGCCGCGCCCCCACCCCCAGCGGCGCCGUCAUGUGGCAGGAGGCCCGCAAGCACGAGCGCAAGCUCCGUGGCAUGAUGGUCGACUACAAACGACGUGGCGAGCGCCGUCGGGAAUACUACGAGAAGAUCAAAAAGGAUCCGGCCCAGUUCCUUCAGGUUCAUGGACGAGCCUACAAGAUCCACCUGGAUCCUGCUGUGGCUCUGGCUGCAGAAUCUCCCAUCAACAUGAUGCCAUGGCAAGGUGACGCCAGUAACAUGAUUGAUCGUUUCGACGUCCGAGCUCAUCUCGACUACGUCCCCACCUACACACCUCCGCUCAUCACCACACCAAGCGCAGAGCAGGAGAUGGAGGAGAGGAAAUGCAAUUACGAGCGCUACCGAGGCUUGGUGCAGAACGACUUUGCCAACAUCUCUGAGGAGCAGUGUUUGUACCAGAUUUACGUGGACGAACUCUAUGGUGGCCUACAGAAGCCAAACGAGGAUGAGAAGAAAAAGCUGGCGGAGAAAAAAGUUGCCAUUGGUUACACAUACGAGGACAGCACGGUGACAGAACCGGACCCCGCCUCGGACAAAGAUGAAGACAAUUCGGAGAACAGCGAAUCUGAAGAAGACGAGGUCAUCCCAGAUAUUGAUGUGGAGGUCGACAUUGACGAGCUGAACAACGAGCAGGAGCUGGAUCUCAACAAAGCGGCCACUCCCUAUGGAAUGGCUGAAGGAGACUUUGUCAGGAUGUUGAGGAAGGACAAAGAAGAGGUGGAGGCCAUCAAGCAUGCCAAAGCACUGGAGGCGGAGAAAGCCAUGUACUCUGGCCGCCGUUCUCGCCGACAAAGAAGAGAGUUCAGAGAGAAAAGACUGAAAGGACGACAAAUCAGCCCGCCAAGCUAUGCCAGAAGAGACAGUCCAACGUAUGAUCCUUACAAACGGCCAGACUCAGAAUCCAGCUCCGAGUCCCGCUCCCGCUCCCGGACCCCCGGUCCGGAGAAGAUAACCUUCAUCACCAGCUUUGGAGGCAGCGACGACGAAGCUGCGGCGGCGGCAGCGGCGGCGGCGGCCGUGGCGCAAGCCGCCGUCUCCCACGGCUCCUUCGCGCAGCACCCCGCAGGUCAUAGCAGGGCCUCCCGGAGACGAAGAUCCUCAUCCAGUCGUUCCCCUUCGUACUCCUCCUCCGCUUCUUCAUCGCGCUCCUCCUCUUCGUCCUCCCGUUCACGCCGCCGAUCGCGGAGAAGGGAUGACCGGCGCUCUCGGACCAACUCCCGCUUGAGACGACAUUCUCGCUCGUACUCGCGUGACCGGUCCCGGAGGAGGCGCGAGCGGACUCGCUCCAGAUCGCGACCCAGAGAACGCUCUCGGGAGAGGAGGCAAUAUUCUUCGAGGAGACGGACAAGAUCCCGCUCCAGCUCACGGCAAGGGGGUUCCUCUCGGCGAAGCGGCCGCACCGGUUACCGGCGGGGCGGGAGCAGCAGCGGCGGCAGUCCCUCGCCGUCCCCCGGCCGCCCCAACCACAGCCCCUCCCCUGACAACAGAGGACCCCCUGUUUCUGCUAACAUCGUUACCGACAAACUAAGAAAGCCUGAAACAAGCGGUGGUAAAAAGACGGGAGCUGCCAAAUCCAAGCUGACGCCCCAGGAGAAGCUCAAGCUCCGCAUGCAGAAGGCCCUCAACAGGCAGUCCAAGGCGGAUAAGAAAGCGGCUCAGGUGAAAAUCCAGCAACAGGAGCACAAACGACAGGAGCGAGAGGGAGAACUACGAGCCAUGGCACGCAAGAUACGCAUGAAGGAGCGUGAGCGGCGCGAGAAAGAGUGGGAUGAAUGGGAGCGACAAUACGGACGCCACAGCAGCAACUCGCCCUCUCCUUCCAAACAUGGUCGGGAUUCCAGCUCAUCCAGAAGGAGAUAUCGGUCCCACUCACGCUCACGUUCCCGCUCCCGUUCCAAAAGUCCGUACAGCAGAUACUGACCUGAAAUAUUGGAGGAACAAUAAAGCAGAACAUAAGCCAGGGUCACUCAUGUUGACGCAAACAUGUAUGUAUGUAAUAUGUUGUAACACGGGUUUACGUCGGAAUUAUGACACCGCAUUUCUCAUAUUUGGUUGGAAAAUAUGCUGCAGGUUAUUAAACCGGUUUGCAGUUCUUCUUAAAGCCCUCGCCACUCGUAUUUCAGAGCGACUCACACAUUGAGCACCUUUGACCUCUUCCUCUCUGAAUAUUUUCGAUUUCUUUUCCAAAUCACACCGAUUACAUCAAGUGUCUCUCGCUCUUUUUUUUUUUUUUUAUAAAAGCGAUAAUCCCUGCUCUGUCAUGUCCCAAUAAAAGUGUUCAUGAAACAAAACAAA